AUGGCACCCUCCACGCCAGAAGAAAUUGCUGCCCAACAUGCCGAAGCAGUUCGAUUAGUUGAAGAGGGACUCCAAUGUGCGCCUCGACAAGAGCUAGGAGAAAUUCCUGGUCCUGACAAACAAACACCUACCACGGAAUUGUUGCAACCACCACCGACAGAAGGGGAGGAAAAGAAAUCCUCGGCACCCGAAGACUUAUUAUUGAACCCAGUCUGUUUUACGACUCGUGGUAGUAUGGAUGUCACUUCGAUUCAAAAGCUGGUACAAGAAGGUUACAAUCUAAAUUACAGAAAGGACAAUCCAGAAAGACCUCCUCUUUCUCCCACCAACUACUGGGAUCCAAGAAACGCUUUCAAACAAAAUGUCACAAUUACACGUCCCUCGCAUGAUGCCUGGGGAAUUCAAAAGAUUGUCUUGUUGUUUUGUGACGAUUUUGCGACCAAAAUUUUCCAACUUCCCUGGUGGAAAGACUUUGAGCCGUCCAUCAAACCGAUUCUGGACAUGGUCUUGCCGGUUGAUGGAACCUUGAUUAGAGCCUUGUUCGCCAGUCUGCCGCCAGGUGUGACCAUUCCGGUACAUCAUGAUACGGGUGAAUGGGUCAAGCGUACUCAUCGAGUGCAUGUUCCCAUUUUGGUAAACGACCCCUCGAAGGUUCUGUUUCGAUGUGGCCCUACAGUCGAAACCAUGCAACGAAUUGAUUGUUUACCCGGUCAUAUGUUUGAAAUCAACAACCAAGCCAAACAUGCGGUCAGCAAUUGCGAUUCAGACCACCGAGUCCAUUUGAUUGUGGAUUACAUUCAUGGACCGGGACCCAAGCGCACCCUUUUGGAGGCUGGCGAGAAGAUCGUCCAAUCCCGUCGGUCGAUUGACCGAUUGAAAGAUAUGGAUUCCCGGCCGACGCCGUCCUAUAUCAUUUUGGGAGCCCAAAAAGCAGGAACGACUUCUCUCUACGACUAUAUCAAUCAACAUCCCUGGGUGAUUAAAGCAAGGCGACGGGAGACUCACUGUUUAGAUUGGCGAUGGAAUGACAAGUUGAAAACAACCAAGAAACAAUUGGAGUUUUGUCAAAAGUUUUUCUAUACCGAGGAAUUGCGGUUACGACCCUCAUGUCUGACGGGAGAUUCCACUCCCAGCUAUCUAUUGGACAGUCGUCGAGUCAUUCCACGCCUGAAGGCAGUAUUCAACUGGAAGAUGAGAUUGUUUGUUAUGGUGCGAGAUCCAGUCAAGAGGGCCCUAUCACAUUAUGCCAUGGUGACUUCGUCGGAGGGGACGGAAGCCCAAUUGAAAACAAGAGGAUCCGAAUGGAGAGGCAAAACUUUCCGACAAGUAAUUGACGAUGAAUUGGUCAAGAUGCAAGAGUGUGGAUUGGUGCCGUAUUGGGACACCAAAGAAGGUGUGACGGAUAUGGAGCUAUUUAACAAAUUCAGUGGGAGCCCACUCGAAACGAAAGCAUGGGAUUUGUAUUUGCAGAAGCAUGUCCCACUCAACACGGGUUCGUAUGGGCUUUUGACACGCGGUUUGUACGUGUUGCAAAUAAGACCUUGGUUGGAAGCCUUUGACGCAGAUCAUUUAUUGGUGCUAAAGCUGGAGAGUAUGAAACAAAAGGGUGUUCAAUCCACAAUGAGUCAAGUGUGGGAGCACUUGGAUUUGCCGAAUCAUCCCGUAGAUGACGAAACUCCAAAGAAUACGCGGGAGUAUCAACCGAUGGAUCCAGACACUCAAAAGUAUUUACAAGCCUUUUUCGACCCACACAACAAGCAGCUAGCAUCAGUUCUACAGAGUGAUUCUCUAGAAUGGAACAAUCCAUGGCCGUAUGAAUAA